AUCGGUUGUUGCGAUCAAGGAACCCAUGGUGCAUCACUCCGCAAAGCAUCGUGUCGCCUCUUAACGUGCGACGGAGUCCAAACACAUGUCACAUGCCCUUCCCGUGCGGAUAUGCAUGGAGACGUCACUGGCAUGUGACCUGUACCUAUACAACGACUACGACGACCUCGACGAGUUCGAGCAAGAGUUGAUCGCACAGUUGAGUGCUGCAAAGACCUCGUCCAAGCUCCCAGCCGACUCUCCCGUUGCGAAUGAACCUUGUGCUGUGACGAUGCCAUGCACGCAGCCAGACGCCAUGGCGGCGCCCACCAAAGCUGGCAGGAUUCGAUUGGAGUGCGCAAUAUGCCUCGACGCGGUUCAAGUGCCCACCGCCACAACCUGUGGCCAUAUUUAUUGCCGCGCGUGCAUUGUCGAGUCCCUCCACUUGCGCAAGAAGUGUCCGAUGUGCUCGACGAAGCUCACGUUUCGCAACAUCCACCCGCUCUACUUUAAUUAAUUGAGCUCUGAUUCCCGAGUCUACUCAC